CGAGUAAUGAAAGCCACCCCUGCGACUACUCCAGGCAGCAAGUCCUCCCCGACACCUCAGAAGAGUUCGGCCAAGAGCCCAGCCCCUGUGCGCCGGAGCAAAUCCCCCGCUGAUUCAGGUAACCUUCAGGAUGCAAAUGGAACAUCGAGCAGCCAGCUGUCCACCCCCAAAUCGAAGCAGUCCCCAAUCUCCACACCUACCAGUCCAGGAAGCCUCCGUAAGCACAAGGACUUGUACCUGCCUCUGUCCUUGGAUGAUUCUGACUCUCUUGGAGACUCCAUGUAAAGAAACCCAGAUGUCCCGUGUGUAUAAUACACGCUUCUGUUUUAGAUGCAGUGCAGUCCUUCUGCCAAAAAGGGAGCAGAGAGGUCACUGGUGCUUGCAAACCAAUCCAAGGACACAAAGUUAUGUCUUUCCCCUCCCCUUAUGGUUUAUCCUCUGUGCCACAAACCAACACCUAUCAACCAACAGAGAUAAAGGGAUACCAUGAUACGCGUAACUUCAUAAUAGAGCAAAA